UUAUUGGGCUUGGGGGUCAUAGACGAGCGUCUUCCACGGGGAAUUCCUCUGAUCGUCGGAAUCUUCUCCAUCGACGGAGUAAAGUACCCUAAUGCGUAAGCUGAACGAGCUCUUCUCCGGCGGAGAUGACGCCGGAGACACUACCGAUAGCUUUCUCGAAGACGGAUCCGAAGGCCUCUGUUCUCUCUCCCCGAUCCAGAGAAUGUAUGGAUUCGCCGCUUCUUUGGCCGCUGGUUUGCUGCUCAUGUUUCUGUCUUUGAUCGUGUUUGUUAAGCCCAUCAAAUUUGCACUGCUCUUUACGUUUGGCAAUGUGCUCGCUGUUGGAAGCACAGCCUUCCUCAUGGGACCUGAGCAACAGCUAAAUAUGAUGUUCGACUCUUCUCGUGUCUAUGCUACUGCCAUUUACCUUGGAUCUGUCGUGGUCUCACUCAUUUGCGCUCUCUGGAUUCACAGCAAGAUUUUAACAGUACUUGCGAUCAUAAGCGAGAUUUGUGCUCUUAUUUGGUACAGCCUCAGUUACAUUCCAUUUGCUCGGAGAAUGGUAUCUGAAUUGAUGAUACGCUUAUGUGACACUGAGCUAUAGUCGUAUCGAUGACGAACCCAGUUCACAAGACAUCAUUUCGGGAGUGUUUCCAACUGAAAAACAGUCGUUUGAUUCUUCAUUUUGGUCUUUUUUCACUCGAUCUUGUGUUUAUUCUAACAUGUGAAUCAGCUGUUGUGUUGUUUGAGACGAGUUCUCGGGCAUUUGCUUGAGAUCGAGACGUCUCCGGACAUGGGAAUUGAACUUUCGUGUGCAAAAUUUGAUCGGUACGUCGGUUGAUGCAAGUU